AUGGGCGGCUUCCCAUGGUAUGUCAUCAAUGCGACUACGCCGCAGCAUGUGCAGGAUGGUGUCAAGUUUGCCAAGGAAACAGGCGUUAGACUUGUGGUCAAGAACACCGGACAUGAUUUCUCAGGUAUCGAGUAUGUUGAGGAGAUUGUUGAUGAAGUUGAGGGGUACUCCGGUCCCGCAUUCAAGUGUGGUACCGGCGUACAAGCUUUCGAGAUCUACAAGGUGGCUUCGGAGUAUGGCAAGGUCGUUGUUGGUGGCGAAGGACAGACAGUAGGAGUUAUGGGAGGCUACAUUCAAGGCGGCGGCCACAGCCCCCUUAGCUCUAUUUAUGGCACGGGAGCAGACCAAGCCCUUGCAUUCGAAGUCGUCACGGCCGAUGGCGAGUUCGUCACGGCAGACCACACUCAAAACUCGGAUCUCUUUUGGGCUCUUCGUGGCGGUGGUGGUUCAACCUUUGGUGUUACGACCUCGGUCACAGUCAAAACCUUCCCGGAUGUUACUACCACCGCCUCGGCUUUCAAGUUCUCAACGGCAGAUGGUAGCUCCAACGAGACCUUUUGGGCCGGUGUGCGAAGCUACUUCGACUCCUUCAUCUACAAUGCCGAUAACGGCACGUACGCAUAUUUUUUGUUGCUGCACAACAACCCGAGCCCUGGAAACUUUCUCUUCCAGAUGACACCUUUCUUCGCGCCAAACAAAACGGCGGAGGAAGUCACUACCCUGUUGAGUCCGUGGUUCAACGAGCUUCGGAACCUUGGGAUAAACUUUGUUCCCAACAUUACACAGUAUAAUAGCUUUUACCCUGCGUGGCAAGACUUCUUCCCACUUGAAGUGAUCGAAAAGGUCAACGUGCAGAGCGGUUCCCGUCUCUUUCCGCGUAAAAACUUUGAAGAUGAGGAACUUAAGCAAGCCACUUUUGACGCCAUCCGAGAAUCACUCGAGACGAACCACAUAUUUGUGGGAUUCAACAUCAAAGCAACCAGUCCAGAUGACCCGGAUAACGCAGUCAACCCCGCCUGGCGCGAAAACAUCCUCUUUGCGCUCCAGUCUGUCAGGUGGUCAAUCAACGCGACUGCAGAGCAAAUUUUGGAGGUGCGCAAGGGUUUCACUUUCGGAGAUAUGCAACGAUGGCGGGACGUCUCUCCAGGUGCCGGCUCAUACCUUGCUGAGUCGGACAGAAUGGAGCCAAACUUCCAGCAGUCGUUUUACGGAGAUAGCAAAUACCCACGUUUGUUGGAGUUGAAGCGCAAGUGGGAUCCGGAGGAUGUUUUCUAUGCGGCUACUGCGGUCGGCAGUGAAUUUUGGACAAUUCACACGGCGGACGGGCUUCCUCAUGAGAAUGGCCGACUAUGCCGUAUCGGGAAGUGA